AUGGGUAUUAAACAUCUCUACCAGGUCAUUUCUGAAAAUGCCCCCGAUGCCGUCAAAACAGGCGAAAUCAAGAACCAUUUCGGUCGCAAGGUUGCGAUUGAUGCAUCCAUGAGCAUUUACAGCUUCUUGAUUGCCGUCCGAUCAGAUGGUCAACAACUCAUGAGCGAAGCGGGCGAGACCACCUCACAUCUCAUGGGCAUGUUCUAUCGUACACUACGAAUUGUCGACAACGGUAUCAAACCACUCUAUGUUUUCGACGGUGCCCCUCCAAAGAUGAAAGGCGGCGAACUCGCGAAGCGAUCGGCGCGAAAGAGGGAAGCUCACGAAGCUCAUGAGGAGGCUAAAGAGACUGGUACGGCAGAAGACAUGGAGAAGUUCUCGCGAAGAACCGUUCGCGUCACACGAGAGCAUAAUGAAGAGUGCAAGAAGCUCUUGAAGUUGAUGGGCGUUCCAUACAUUGAUGCUCCGACAGAAGCUGAAGCACAAUGUGCGGUUUUGGCACGUGCAGGCAAAGUUUAUGCUGCUGCAUCGGAGGAUAUGGAUACUCUAUGCUUCGAAGCGCCGAUCUUGCUGCGUCAUUUGACAUUUAGUGAACAGCGAAAGGAGCCCAUCCUGGAAAUCCAUCUAGACAAGGCUCUUGAAGGUCUUGGCAUGGACAUGGCACAGUUUAUCGACCUGUGUAUUCUUCUGGGCUGCGAUUAUCUAGAACCCAUCCCCAAGGUCGGUCCGAAUACUGCAUUGAAGCUCAUUCGUGAGCAUGGGUCUCUCGAAAAGGUCGUGGAAGCCAUUGAAAACGACCCCAAGAAGAAAUACGUUAUCCCCGACGACUGGCCGUACCAGGAGGCACGAGAACUCUUCUUCAACCCCGACGUGAGAAAGGCCGAUGAUCCACAAUGCGAUUUCAAAUGGGAGAGUCCCGAUGUGGAAGGGUUGGUCAAGUUCCUAGUCACCGAUAAAGGCUUCAGUGAAGACCGAGUUCGCAAUGGCGCCGCCCGAUUGGCAAAGAAUCUCAAGACCGCGCAACAGUCUCGACUUGAGGGAUUUUUCAAACCGGUCGCCAAGACUGACGCAGAAAAGGCAAGCAUGAAACGCAAGCAUGACGAGAAAAUUGAGGAGCAAAAGAAGCGGAAAAAGGAAGAUGCCAAGGCUAAGAAGGAAGCCAAAGCGCGUCCGCGUCGCGCUGUAUGA